AAGAUUUCAUCCUCUUCUGCUCUAAACCAUCGCCCUCGCCUCCCGAAACCGCUUCUAGUUCUCCACUAUCACUCCAAACUCUUCCUACAAAAUUUGACGGCAACCCUUCCCGUUAUUGUUUCUUGCUAUCGAGGACAAAUAAAAGGAGCUGCCUUUUCUCCCUUUAGCUUGUAAAAACCAUGGCUUUUGCUAAAUCCCUUGUAAAUCCCCAAACCCUUUUCCUCAUAAACCCUAGUCUGUUUCUUUCGUCUUCACUUCAAUUCCCAGCUUCCAGUUCCUCCUCUUUGCCCUUCGUUCGUCCUAAAAUUAGGAGGAAGCUUCGAUGCGAGUUCGAUGUGAAGGGCAACGGCGCUCUCUCCAACGAGACUGACCCUCGAUAUAUAGACCGACAAAAAGCUCUGGAAGCAGCAAUGAACGACAUUAACAGUUCUUUUGGAAGAGGAAGUGUUACAAGAUUAGGCAGUGCUGGUGGUGCUUUUGUUGAGACUUUUCCAAGUGGUUGUUUAACACUAGAUUUUGCCCUGGGCGGUGGUCUUCCCAAAGGAAGAGUUGUAGAGAUAUAUGGUCCUGAGAGUAGCGGAAAGACCACACUAGCAUUACAUGCUAUUGCCGAAGUACAGAAACUUGGUGGGAAUGCCAUGCUUGUUGAUGCAGAACAUGCUUUUGAUCCCGCAUAUUCUAGGGCACUGGGAGUAGAUAUUGAAAAUCUGAUUGUCUGCCAACCUGAUCAUGGUGAAAUGGCGCUGGAAAUUGCGGAUCGUAUGUGCAGAUCAGGAGCAAUAGAUCUCAUUUGCAUCGAUUCUGUUUCUGCCCUCACUCCACGGGCAGAAAUCGAAGGUGAGAUUGGCAUGCAACAGAUGGGCCUGCAAGCUCGUUUAAUGAGUCAAGCUCUGCGUAAAAUGUCAGGAAAUGCCUCAAAAGCUGGUUGUACUCUCAUAUUCUUGAACCAGAUAAGAUACAAGAUUGGUGUUUAUUAUGGAAAUCCUGAAGUUACCAGUGGAGGUAUUGCAUUAAAGUUCUUUGCAUCUCUUCGCCUUGAGAUACGUUCUACCGGGAAGAUAAAGUCUGCCAAGGGUGAUGAAGAUAUUGGGGUCAGGGUUCGUGUGAGGGUGCAGAAAAGCAAAGUAUCCAGACCUUACAAGCAAGCUGAAUUUGAGAUCAUGUUCGGGGAAGGAGUGAAUAAAGUGGGCUGUGUCUUGGAUUGUGCUGAGAUUACAGAUAUUGUCGCAAAGAAGGGUGCAUGGUAUAGCUAUGGAGAACACAGGCUGGGCCAAGGCAGAGAGAAAGCACUACAGUAUCUAAGAGACCAUCCUCUUGUCUUUAGUGAAAUAGAAAAGGCUGUUCAGGCUAUGGUGGCUGAAGGAAGUACUCACACGAGUCUUAUAGCCUUCGGUCAGUCAUCAACUGCUGAAGAAGAGCCCACCUAUGAAGAGAGCUGACAGUUUGUAAGGGACAAAGUGCUUUUGAUGAUUAUGAACUGAAAGUGUAGAAGUUGAAGUGCAAAUGAGAAGAAAAUUGAAGCAAGUAUCAUUUAAUGGUUCUAUUUCUUUGUAAGUUAUUUACAAGGCUGUAGAACUCCAUUUUGUUGUGUUCGUCAAAUGUAAGAAAGCCGUUUCAGUAGGGAACAGAUAUUAUCCUCAAAGACCAGAUGACCAUUUUUGGUUGAGCCCUAAGCUACAUUUCAAAGCUUUCGUAUAAAUAUGAUGAAUUUUUAA